AUGGCGACAAAGGACCCAAGUAACAAGGAGGUUCUCCUCCAAGAAACCGCUCAACACCUUGGAACACAAGCUCUAGACACUGUUGAUAUUUCACGUGUUUCAGCGCCAGUUCCACAAGGUACCGGAAAGCUCCCAAGCAGUCCUGUAUGUAUUACCCAAGAACCAGUGCCUCAAAAUUUCAAGCAUGACCCUGCUGCGAUUAUGGUAGGGCUGGGGACUGAGGUUCCCCGAUGGAGGCCAGGCUCCGUGAUUAAAUGGACUGCUUGGCGAAUGGGAUAUGAUUCCCAGGAUGAUGCGAACUACGCUGCAGCGCAGCUUCAGCAGGCUGCUGAGGAGUGGAAUAAGCUCAAUAUCGGUGUUACAUUUGAAUUUGUUCCCUUGGCAAAAGAUGCAAACUUUGUCCUCUCGCACGGUGGCAAUAAGGGGACUGUUCUCGCCAGCGCCUAUUUUCCAAACAAUAAAGACCUUAAUUUUGUCUACGUUUAUAGCUUUGCCUUCCAGCCCGAUUGGAAACCCUUCCUUUGGAGAGUGUUUACACACGAACUGGGGCACGUCAUUGGGCUACGACAUGAGUUCGCUAUGAACCCUGGACCUUACUUUGAGGGCGAUGCGGUUCAAAUUAACGAAAGGAACCCAUUGUCUGUGAUGAACUAUCGUCGAGAGCCGCCUGAGAUUCAGCAGUCAGAUGUCGAGGCAACCAAAAAGUUCUACAGCUUUCCAGCAGGCACUGAAAUUUCCUCAACUGCUAUAGUCGAUUACGUGCCUAGGUAA